CAUCUCCUUCGGCAGAAGAAUACGGGGAGGAGUGUGCGCGGCACAUUACAGCAAUACGUUGUCGCGCAUGCGGAUUUUGUGUCGAGGAUUCCGGACGGCGUGCCCAGUGAAGUUGCGGCGCCGUUGCUGUGCGCAGGACUCAGUUUGGCAGGAGCAGUAUCGAAGUGCGAGCCUGAGGUCAAGGAGGGGGAGUGGGUUGCCAUUGUCGGGGCGGGAGGCGGGUUGGGACAUAUUGGGGUGCAGAUUGCGGCCAAGACGAAGGGGUAUCGGGUUAUUGCUAUUGAUAGUGGGGUGGAGAAGGAGAGGCUGUGCAAGGAGAUGGGAGCGGAGGUGUUUGUGGAUUUUGCGAAGGAAGAUGUGGUGAAGACGGUGCAGGGGAUGACGGAUGGAGAGGGUGCGCAUGCGGUGAUUUGCGUGGCGGGGACCGAGAAGGCGUAUGAGCAGGCGGUGAAUUUGGUGAGGAAUAAUGGGGUCUUUGUCUGCGUGGGUUUGCCGCCGGAUACGUAUAUGUUUCCUAUGUCGCCCAUUCAGAUCGCGAAUCGAGGCCUGGUCAUCAAAGGAUCUUCGACGGGUACGAGUGAACAAAUGGAUGAGCUCCUUCAGCAUGCUCUGCAAGGGAAGAUAACGCCUAAGAUCGAAGUGUAUGAAUUCUCCGAAUCUCCGAAGAUCAUCGAAGAGCUGCAGCGGUACGAAGUCAGCGGUAGGAAAGUAGUCAAAGCGCCAUGA